ACCAAGAAAUCACAGGUUGUUGGAAAUCAAAUCUGGGCCAUAUUUCGGUCGAUUCUUCUUCAAAAGAACACGUUUCGUCACACUGAAUACUUCAGCUUUGUGCUGAUAGUUUAAGAGAAUAAGCUGGUCACAAUGAGUGAAGUGUGUGUGGAAACGACGGCGGAGAUAGCCCAGGAGCUGAAGGGGUCCGUGUCGACUGAAUGUUCUGGAGAUGCUGUUGAGGGCGUGCAGAUCGUCUCGAUUUCGACUCAACCCGGUGACCCCGACAUUGUCAUCAAUCCCCCCAGCAGCUGUGAUGAUGUUGGGGCUUCUGGGGAUGACCAUCAUGAGAAACAAACAAUUACUAAGCCGGAAAACAAGAUUCUGUCUGCUCCAGUACUUCGUGUGGAGCGGAUAAAAGACGAAUUUUUGAGUGAGGAUGACACUGGCAGUGAGGGUCCAAUCGGCAAUCUCAGUCAGGCCGAAGUCUCUGAUCAGGAUCACAGUGGGAAAGAAAGCAGAGGCAGUGAUGACUUUUUGAUUCCCGACGAGGAAAUUUCAAAUAAAAUUAUCACUCAGGUUGAGUUUUAUUUUUCUGACAUUAACAUUCUGAAGGACGCUUUCCUACUCAAGCAUGUUCGCCGCAACAAACAGGGUUAUGUUAGUAUUAAAUUGAUCACUUCAUUCAAAAAGGUGAAGUCUCUCAGCAGAGAUUAUCGUGUGGUUGCUCACUGUUUGAAAGGCUCUUCGAAACUCCAAGUGAAUGAGGAAGGUACCAAAGUUCGCCGAGUUGAUGCGCUACCAGAUUUUGAUGAAACCACCCCCUCCAGGACAAUUGUUGCGGUGAAUCUACCCAUUGAAAACCCUACUAUUGAGAACAUUGCAGAAAUAUUCAAAGACUGUGGUGAAAUAGCAUUGAUUAGGAUUUUGAGACCUGGUAAAACAAUUCCUGGUGACAUUAAGAAAUAUUGCAACAAACAUCCUGAAAUUGGUACCUCAACAUGUGGGGUUGUCGAAUUUGAGAAUCAUGAAUCUGCCUUGAAAGCUUGUGAAUUGGGGAAACCGGAGGACUGGAGGAAUGGUCUGCGUGUGGUCAUACUCUCCUCAAGGAAGAAGGAGAAAUCCAUCAAAGACAAGAAGGACAAACAAAAGGAGAAGGAACAGUUGAAAAAAGAAAAGGCAAAUGAUACGUGUGAGAAGAGGGAGAGGAAUGAGGUGGUUGUGAUGCUGGAGACGGAGGAUGGAACAACAGAAGCCGAUGGUGACACGUCACCUAAGAUUGAAUCUUCUCCCCUGUUGGAUAAAAAGACUGCAGAGGGUGGCAGUAAGAAGAGAAACAAGAAGAAUAAGAGACAUUCUUUGGUGAGCGAUGGUGGCGCCAGUAGUGGGUCUGAAAUGGACCAGUCCAAUUCACCAAGCGAUCGUGACAUGAAUUGGAGGAGUUCUUUGAGUCCUGGUCGUUGCAUUGAUAAAAGCAAGUUGAGUCCUGCGAGUACACCUGGAUCAAGUCCACGUAACAGUCCUCGAUCAAGUCCCCGCACAAAGAGACGCAAUAUUCCUGCUAAGUCUUCUCCGUUGGCUGAAGGUUUGAGUCCGAGACAGAGUCCCAAGCCAAGUCCAAUGAGUAGUCCAGAGUCGAUGCGCAAAAACCGUGAAUCCCUGUCUGAUCGCGAAGCUUCACCUUCAGGAAGUCCUUGGGUCCAGAGACGACUAAAGGCCGCUCAGGAGAUGAGUCCUUUAGCAGCUGAUGGUAGCCCAGUCGCCAGUCCAUUACUAGGACGCAGAAAUCUCACCUCUGAAGGAUUGAUUCGUCAGCCAAAAGGUCCAGAUGGUACAAAGGGCUUUCAUGGUGGGGCAGGUCGGGGUAAACCUGUGGCUGUAGCAGAGGAUUAGUCAUGUUAGUUAUUCUCAUAUAAAACUGCUACAGUUGUAAGAACAGGAAAGCUGUGUUCCUUCGGGGUGAGUGUGGGGAAUAAAAAGUUGUGGUUGAUUUAGGAGUCCAUAUCGGUGGCUAAACAUGCCUCUUUCCCAGGGGCUGAUUUUCUUGUGCUUCUUUUAUUACAACUGAUUUAUCAAUUUUCUCUCCAGAUCUUCUGGGUAUGAUGGUAAUUUCAAAAGCUUCAAGCAAAUUGGUCUAGCAUUGGUGUUUUUCGGGUGGGAACAGAAUAGUUUGAACUACUUUUUUCAAACUUGUAGUCAUGUGUCGUGGCUUCUGGGUUCUGCUACAUCAAACCCAGGUGCCAGGAAUGAAUGCUUUUUUAACAAAAGUCUUUUUUUUUUCUUUGCAAGCACUCACUCUUUAGCAGGUUUGUUUUCAAACGAGGCGUGUUCUGAGCAUGUUAUAAAUGUAUGUGUCUGUACAUUGUACACACUCAGUGAUGUUCAUUGAACAUACUCAGUGUAGGAUGGUAAUUCAUUUGGAUUAUCAUCUUGAAUACUCAUGUUAAAUGGUGGCAGAAGCAGUGUACUAAUGGAGCAGAGAUGUACAGUGUGGAUAGAUAGUGUACUCGUACAUGUAUGACACCUCGACGCACAUCCUUCAGAAUGUAGAUUCAGUACUUCUGUUGUGAGAGGUUCACCUGUGGCUCCUUGAGAAUGUGUCACAUCAUGCAAUUCCUAUCUCAAGCAUUUACCAAUUUAUUGAUUUUGUGGUCAUAUGCAGUCAUAAAUGUUGUUCAUACAUGUACACAUAAUGAAGUGAGUGGGGUUUUCUAAGACGUGAUGAGUCCACGCAUGCUCUAUACCACCUGCAUCUGUUUUGUUUUUAACGAUUUGAGGGUCAUUUAUAUUUUAGAUACAAAGUGUUACUUUUAUGUUCACAGUCUUUUGGAGAUUAAGUUGUUUUAUGACAAUCUGUUUGGUUUUAUUAUAUUGGACUUCUGGUCUGACUGAGUUGAUCAAAACAAGUGUGGUCUCUAAUGUCAUUGACGUCAAGUUAUUGACAACCUUGUCUUGAACAACUAGGUCCAGAAGAAGUCUUCUAGGGACGAGGUUUAAAAGAGUCUGUUGCAAUACAAGCUUAGUAUGCAAGUUCUGAACCAAGUUUGAUUUUAAAAGUGUUCUUUUGAGAAGUUCCCAUGUCAA